GACUGUGAAGAAACAGAGUUUAAGACUAAUAUUUGCUGCCAUCUGUGAGCUGAUUCACGGACAAUGGACCGAUCUGACGCUGAUCAGCUGAACAUUCUGAUUCAUCCAGUUACAGCAGACAACAGGAGGGUCAACAGUACUAUCACACUACCUGCCCGUGUUUCUUCUGGGUUGGCAGCAGUUGUUUCCGUCUUUUGCAUUGGACUGGUGUCAGGAGCUGCAGGAGGUCUUCUGCUGGGAGGGACAGCAGUCAUUACACUUCAGUCCCUGGAGCUUCUGGCUGACAACAGGCUGCUCAUGAACCAGUUAAAAUCUCAAAUUAGGCUUACGUAUAAUGAUUAUUAUUCUAUUGAACAUACUGACAUUCACAUAUCCGUACUUGCAGUGAUAUUUGGUGUUUUUUCCUCAACCUUGUCAUUAGCUGCAGGUAUCUAUAUCGGAUCAUCAACAUAUUCACUGGUGAUUAAAAAAAAAGGUGAAGCAGCGAUGGGGAAGGCCCUGAUGUGGGCUGGCCCAAUAUGUCUCAUGGGUGUCACUGCAACUGGAUACAUUGUGGGCCUCACUUUAGAAAGUUUUCUCUCCAUUAGUUUUUAUAGUGCUAUUUUGCUGUGGUUUGCUAUUCCAGUAGUAGUAGCACCUAUGAUUCAGAUCAUAGAUGAGUUUUGGUUUAAAUCUGAUAGGAACAUUUUCUGGGGUUUUAUACAAGGUGCUGCAUGGUGUGCAUCUGUAAGUUUUUAUAUGCGGUCAAACCUUCUAGCUGUUUUUACCCCUAUUAUAGCUUCUACAGCUAUUAUAGUUGCAAAGGUACUUAAACAAUCACAGUUCCUCACACUUACCACUGCACCUGUGCCAUUGAUGUUGAUAACAUCUGAUGUAUAUAACACUGUAGGGCAGCAGAUUGUUUCCCUGUCACCAACAUUCACAAACAUUAGCAGUGCUGUAGUAGAGGCCAUUUUUGUUGGAGUUUUAGCUUCUCAGAUGUGGUCUGUUACUGUAGGAAUGUUAUUAUUUAUGUCUUGGCAAAAGGGCGGAACAUUUAAAAUCUGUGCUACUGCUGCAGGUUUUAGUACAGCAGUUUUAGGUGCUAUAAAGAUGACUCUACCUGUGCUGGGUCCAGGUCCCACUAUAGGAGCUCUGAUAGGGGUUGCAGGAGCAGUAGGGGUUUCUCUUUCUGCAGGAGUGGCAGCAGCAGACCAGUAUGGACUAGGCUGCUAUGGGAUUGUAGGAAGGUUGGGGCUGACAGUGGGGGCCCCUGUAGGAGCUUUUCUAUCCUCAAGCACUCACAGCGGGCUGUCAGGGAUGUUCAUGGCUCUGUGUGCAGCUACAAUUCCUGCCGGAGCUUUUACUAUACUGUUUUUACGUUCCAAAUUAUGGAUAUUGUUUGUGUGUUUCUGGAUGUGCUUAUAUACAGUCUUCAUAUCACUUACCCACACCUUUUGGUACAAUAGUGUACUAUGUGUGUUUAGUCUAGGUUGUGUGUAUAUAUAUAUGUUGUUUUUGUUAUAAGGAACAUUU